CCGCGGAGGAGGCUCCAGCGCCGACCGGACCCCGCCGCCUCCAGCCAGCCCAGGCGGCCGACCCACGCAGGCGCUGCCCCGCCCCCGGCACCGGCACCCGCCCCCUCCUGGCGCCUUCCCGCCGCGGCUUUCCGGGGAGGGCGACGCGCCGAGGCCGCCCGGCCGGCCCGCAGCAGGUCAACAGAACGUAUUUGCAAUCCACCGAGCUGUUUCAUGUGCAGUCAGGCCCUUGAAAUGAAGCAGCUGCCAGCAGAAACGGUCCGAAUUCUUUCCAGCUCACAGGUGAUUACUUCGGUCAACAGCGUGGUUAAAGAGCUGGUGGAAAACUCCUUGGAUGCCAACGCAACUAGUAUUGAUGUCAAGCUGGAAAAUUACGGCUUUGAUAAGAUCGAGGUUCGAGACAACGGCGAUGGAAUCAAAGCAGCUGACGUUCCAGUCAUGGCCGUGAAACACUACACUUCAAAAAUAAGUUCCUCCGAGGAUCUCGAACGCUUGACAACGUACGGUUUUCGUGGCGAAGCCUUAGGUUCAAUUUGUGGCACGUCUCAAGUUCUGGUUAUAACAAAGACAGCUGCUGAUGACUUUAGCACCCAAUACAUUUUGGAUGGGAGUGGUCACGUGACUUCUCAAAAGCCUUCUCAUCUUGGACAAGGCACAACUGUGACAGUUCUGAAACUGUUCCAGAACCUCCCUGUAAGGAAGCAGUUUUAUUCGACAGAUAAAAAACGCAAGGAAGAAAUUAGAAAAAUUCAAAAUCUUCUGAUGGCGUACGGCAUCGUGAAACCAGAACUGAGAUUAACGUUGACGCAUAAUAAGACAGUCAUCUGGCAGAAGAACAGGGUAUCUGAUCACAAAAUGGCUUUCAUGGCAGUAGUAGGAACAGCUGUUAUGACCAGCAUGGUGCCUUUCCAGCAUCAAUGUGAAGACCCUGGGGUAUCUCUCAGUGGCUUCCUGCCAAAGCCCAGCUCAGACGCGUCUUUGACAAGCCAUUCAAGUUCAGAAAGGAGCUUCAUCUUUAUAAACAACAGACCAGUUUAUCAGAAGGACAUUCUUAAGCUGGUUCGGCGUUACUGUAACCUGAAGUCUUCUAACCAUUCAUACCCCAUUUUCUGUAUGAGUAUUACCACUUCUUCGUCUGCGGUGGAUGUCAAUUUAACACCAGAUAAAUCUCAAGUAUUGCUGCACGAUAAGGAGUCCGUUUAUCUUCUUAUCGAGGAUAUCUUAAUGUCGCUGUACGGGCCUCGAACCCGGGCUGCCGGUGGUGAAACUGAUGUAACAGAUGCAGCCUCAGUAGACAUCUUUCCUAAUGAAACAGGACAAACGGAUGUGCCUGUUAAUGAGAUUGAAUCCUGCGGAAACCCAGCUCUGCCGGCACGUACCUCGUUGUUUUCGUUUAAUAAUGAUGUGCGAAAUGGGGAAACAGGAAAAAACACAGAGGUCUGUUUGAAGAAUCAAACGUCGUAUAAUGAUUCUCCUCCUAACCUCCUUACCGAAAAAGAACUACCUGGCAGUGAGACAGUUGGCUUCGAUAGAGUUCAGGAGCAUUCCCUAAACAAUUUACCAGAUGAGGGCCAACGGAGCAGGUAUCAAGCAGUGAACACAAAUGGCGCUAUCUUAAAGGAUGCUCUUUCUGAAAAUGGCAUUGGGGAUGAUUUGAGAAGCGACAAGAUCCAAGAAGCAGAAAAGAUGGAAACACCAAAGAUCCCAGAGGAUUCCUCUGAAAUCUCUGCUGAUAAAUGGAGCACAGGGCAUGCGUUCACGAAUUCCAGAGGAGAGAAUCUGGAACCUGUUAGGCUAUUAAUUCCCGAAACAGAAGAAGCAGGAAUGCGAAAGGAAAAUAAUGGUCGUAGUCUACCAAAUUUUCAAGCAGAAAAGAAUGAUCCAAGUAGUAAAAAAACAAAUGUGGUCAAUGAGAAAGCGGGACAGAUAACAGCCUAUGAUCUAAUUAAAAGUCAGAUAGUAAGGAAACCUGUGACUGCAUUUGGUCUUUUUACUCAAGACAGUCGUUCCAAAUUGUCGACUGAUAAGCUCAAAGCAAGUGCAGAAGAACUGAGGCUCGAAAUGGAAGAAAUGUGGGAAGCACUAAACGAAAAAGAAAAAAAGAAAUACGAGGAAAGAGCUGAUAAAGACCUGGAGCGAUACCACGCGCAAAGCCGAAGAGCUCUAGAUCUGAAUGUCCAGAGAUCAGCGAAAGGGAGGGAGAGAAAACCCAAGUCCAGGCUGAAAGACUGUCUGUCCAGUCAGCAGAAACUCGACCGGCUUUUCCAUUCUCAAACGGGAAAGAAACCCAACGGUUCUCACGCUAUAAAAACCGUGCAAGUGCCCUUCGCGAUGGAGGUGCUCAAAGAGAGGCUUUGCCGGCUGAUGCAGAAGGAGUCGGAUGAAGGAAAACUCUGUCUGAUUCAUCUUUCGAAUUUCCCCAACGGGUGGAUCAUGGCGUCCGAUCAAAAGAUAAUGAUGUUGCAUCCAUACCGAGUGGAAGAAGCCCUGCUCUUUAAAAAGCUCCUCCGAGACCAUAAGCUUCCUACACAGAAACUGGACAGACCUAUUGCGCUAACUGACAGUCUUCUUAGUGAUCCUGGCUACCUGGCAGCUCUUCGUAAUAUGCCGAAGGAAAGUGGACGGUUCGACAGGACAUCCUAUUUAACUAGACUAGGAAUUGCAUGAAGCCAGUUUAAGAUAAAAUUCCCACCAGGUGCUUUCGCGGCAGAAAGUCAGUUGGAAAUAGAAGGAAUGGCCAGCUGUGUGCCGUAUUACGGCAUAUCAGAUUUGAAAGAAAUUCUGAGUGCGGUGGUAAACAGAAACGCA